ACCAACGAGACGGAGCUGCUGGCCUGCCUGCGCGCCGCGCCGCCGCCGCAGCUGGUGGAGCACGAGGCGGCCGUGCUGCCGCAGCAGGGCGUCUUCCGCUUCGCCUUCGUGCCCGUGGUGGACGGCGAGUUCCUGGCCGACACCCCCGAGGCGCUGCUGGGCGCGCCGGGCCGCGCCGAGGCCGAGGUGCUGCUGGGCGCCGUGCAGGACGAGGGCACCUAUUUCUUGGUGUACGGCGUGCCGGGUUUCGGCAAGGACAACGAGAGCCUGAUCAGCCGCGAGGAGUUCCUGGGCGGCGUGCGGCUGGGCGUGCCGCAGGCCAACGAGCUGGCGGCCGAGGCCGUGGUGCUGCAGUACACCGACUGGCUGGACCAGGACAACCCGGUGAAGAACCGCGAGGCGCUGGACGACAUCGUGGGCGACCACAACGUGGUGUGCCCGCUGAUGCACUUCGCCCAGCGCUGGGCCGAGCGCGGCGGCACCGUCUUCGCUUAUCUGUUCGACCACCGCGCCUCCAACCUGCUGUGGCCGCCGUGGAUGGGCGUGCCGCACGGCUACGAGAUCGAGUUCGUCUUCGGGCAGCCGCUGAACCCCGGGCUCAACUACACGGCCGAGGAGGAGGCGCUGAGCCGGCGCAUCAUGAGAUACUGGGGCAACUUCGCCCGCACCGGGUACGGCCCGGGAUGGAGAGGGGUUGAGUUGGGUUUGGUUGAGUUUGGUUGA